UUGUCAUUGUGAAGUCAAGGGCUGUUGAGACUGGAUGGACAUUUUAUUUUCUGUUGAUUUUGUCAGCUUUCGUUGAAUUAUUUUAUUUUGAAGGGAUUUUAGUUAUUUUUACAUUAUGGUUUAUAAUCUACGCAGUAUUGGAAUGUCGCUGAUGGACAAUUCAGGACAAAGUAGCUGCUCACUGAAGCCUGCUAAGGAAGGAAAGAAAAGCUUGUCCGGUUCCUCUAAUACUGCAAGUGCAUCCAGCCUCAACAUCCCAUCCCGGAACCAGUCUUCCGCUUCAGCCAAUAAGAAUGCUGCUUUCAAUUCAUAUUCCCACCAAAACACCAACCAGAAUCAUGCUACUGAUACGUAUGUAUCUUUGAUGUCAACAUUCGAGGAGAGUAGAACUUCUUCGUUGAAAUACAAAAGGCGUAAGCAGACAAAACAAACCGCAACAAUGGAACUGCAUGAAACAUCGGUGAUCAAUCUAGACUCCAGUUUAGAUUUGACCAUUCCAGAAAAUGAUUCUACGAAUGGUAGGAUAGCCUUAGAUACAAGUAACAAUUCAACACCAAAUGCUUCUUCCAGCUCCGUCACGUCAACUUCAUCUGAAACUGACAAAAAAAUUGUUUGCUCAGUUUUGAAUUGUGCAGCUGAAUUUUCAUCUCUCAUGCAUUUAGAAAAUCAUAUUGAGCUCUUUAAACAUUCUCCAUGCAAUCCUUGCCUUUUGGCUAGGAACUGUAAACUAUCACACAUUCCUAUAUGCUAUAUGUGUCCUGGCUGUGAUCUUGAAUUUUCAACACGGGAGGAGUGUACACAACAUAUAAACAUUAAAAGACAUCUACCGUUUUAUCCACCAAUAGCAAUAACUGCGUAUAUGUGUUCACAGUGCCUUCACUUGUUUGGAAGUGUGGAGGCAUGCUGGUUGCAUAUAGAGCAGUCAUCUCAUCAUGGAAUGUCCUAUCCUUUUGCAGAUGACUACUCUACUGACAACAAAAUGAAUGGACCUGUAGCAGUUGCUGAAGAGCUGGUUCAAGACAUGAUAUCUAAGUGCAAUAAGGUUGUGUACACAGUUCAGUGUUUGGAGUGUGGUAUGCUUAUGGAAACGCCCGCAAUACUCAAGCACCAUAUGAGAGAAACACGGAACCAACACAUAGUUGCUGCUCUCACAGAAACCAGUUUAGUUGAAGUUUUUGCAAGUUAUCUUGCCAGUUAUUCCUGUAAUAGUUGUCAUCGUCUGUUCACUGGAGAGUUAAAGGAAUUGGCAAAACAUCAGUGUGCAAGGGCAGUCGUUGGGACCAUAAUUGAAAAUAACACCCGCUCUUUUGCAGAGUUUAUAAAACGUUGUGCUCUCACUGUGAUAAAGUCUCUGGAACUUGAAAACAUGCCUGGACCUAGCCGAAAUGUUCGGUUAAGUCCAGUUUGUGACAGAAGAAAUAAAACUUCAGAAUCAGCCAGGGGUGCUGCAGCAAAGGUUUCAAGUAAUGACAGUGGACAGAGAAGUGGAAAGUGUGAAGGUGUUGAUAGUAAUUAUUGUGACAGUGAAGGUGUAACUGGACAUUGUGUUGAAAAUGCUGUUGCUAGUGAGAAUACACAGUGUAUAAGCAAUACCCCCUUCACAAGUUUACAUCACAGUAAAGUGCAAAAUUCCAAAAGAAAAAAUGAAAAUGAAGAAAAAAAAAUAAAUAUUGGAGAAGAUUUUAUUCUUAUAGAUGACACGGAUGAAGGAAGUGACGAAACUGAUGUUGAUUUUGCUCCAGGUAGUGGUGCUAAACGAAAGAGAAAGACAAAAACUGCAAAUAAAACUAAACAUGAAAGUCCAAAAAAAGUGGAGAAUACUCCUGUGGCAGGCACAAGUUCUACAUCGCCGAGUGGAGCAGAACAAAAAUCUGACUCCAACAAUGUUUUAGGAAGUCCCUUUUUCGUCAUGAAUUAUAAGCCGCGCUCGUCUCGUCUAUGUGGAAAUAUUUUAACUCAGGGAUAUGUUGUACAGCCUGGUGAAAGCCGUUUAUCUCCAGUCAAAGCACUUACUGGUGGAAAUCAACAAGUGCAGCAUGAAGAAAGAGCAAGUAGUCCAUCAAGAUACAGGCUGAGAAAUAGAAGCUGUGAUCAGACUGCUCAGAGUGCUGAAGGUAAAGAUUCUGAUGCUGGCUUUGGAAAUGUUGCUCAGAGAUUCCUGCAGAAUGCACAGCCAACAAAGGAUGCAGGAUCCAAACUGGGAUCAGAUGACUCCUUACCAUGGAAGCGUGACAGAUCUCGAAGUCCUCUUCAGUCCCUUGACACAGUGCCAAGCUACCAGUCCAAUGUAUUAACCAGUGGGCAUGCUGGUCAACCUUACCUCAACCCAAUUGUGGCAACAAGGGCAUAUAAUGGCAUUACCGGACUGUUUGGUCAGCCUCAGAUGGCCGGUCCAUCUCACUACCAGCUUGAAAAUCCUUGCAGCACCUCAAGGGCAGAGCUUUUGUUUCCAUCGGCACUUCCGCUACCUUCACUUUUACCCCAGUCUACAGCUGCCCGCCAAAGGGUAAACCCUCGAGUAGGGUAUCAGGCUUCAGUUCAGAACAACUUUGUUGCCCGUCCAGCACAGACUGCUACUUCAAGCACGUCUUCCUACGAUCGGUAUGAAAAUUAUAGCUAUGAAUCUACAUUUAGGAGGUGUCCAUCGCCACCGUGUACCGGUCUUUCAAAAAGUAUUCAUACAAAAGAGUUGAUUGCAACUGAACACCUGUCACGUAUGAAGAACAUAGUUUUCCUAGAUCUCGAUAAUUGGGGAUCUUUCUUCCAUAAGCUCCCCCGUUGUUUGCCAGAUGGUACUUUUGUCUGGGGUUUCUUUGGUGGAAAGCUCGUAUGGCAUGCACCUUAUCGAUUGGAAAUCUUCCGCCAGAUGAAGAGGAAGGAACUUUUCUACCUCAAUGAGAGAUGUGGGGCCACAAAGGAUGCUGCUGAUUUUGCAAUAGUGUUAGCAGUUGGUAAAAUGGAUGAGAAGCUACCGACAAACAUUGCCUUCACCAUUAUGUCUGGUGAUACAGGUUUCUGUGAAGUUGAACGUCAGAUGCGUGAUUCGGAGCGGAAAGUGCUGGUUGUCAAUCCUCAUACAGCGGCCCGGUUUUCCAACGACAUGAUUUAUGCCCUAGUGACCAGUAUCACUGAUACGUGACAGACAUCUAGUAAUUUAAAGACUGCUUUCUGUCCUUUUUUUUUUCAUUAUAAAUUUCGUUUUUUUGUGAUUUUCAGUACCUUUUCUUUUUUUCUUUUUUUUCUUCAGACAGAAAUCGUAGGACUAAUUAAGUGCCUUAAAAUGAGAGAAAUGUUUUGUUUUUCUUUCUAUUUUCAAAUAAUAUAUUUAUACAUUAAAUAAAAAUAAAAA